AUGCCAAUGUUGCUUGGAACUUCUGAACCCCGUCGUGACUUAACGGUCGAUGAGAUCAAGGAUGACGUUCAGAAGAAUUUGGUUGAAACUAUGAUAGUUCAGGCUUGUAAUACAUUGUCAUAUUGUGCUGUUCGGUCAUCUAUAAACUUUUCCCCCCACAUUGGCGAGGUCGCUACAAUGUUUAUGCGCUUGCUUGGUUGUUCUAAUUCUCAACUUCGCAAGGCUUCUAUUUUAGGUCUUCCAAACUUAGUAAUCUCACUUAAAGUAUGUGACAAAACUAAUGACGCAAAAAGAGGCAUAACUUUCUGGAUUGUGCGAGCUCUGAUUGAAAUCUCGAAGAAGGAAAAAGAUAGUGUUUUGUUUACAACAUUAUUGAGGUUACUCGCCAGAUGCAUUCAGAUCUGUAGUUCAUUUUUCAAUGAUCAAAUGAUCAAGGUUAUUGCUAAUGUGAUAAAAGCUUCAAUACAAAAGAUUAGCCAAAUUCAAGUAAGGAAAACACAAGAAUUGGGAACUUUGGAAGGUAGACCUGUAAUUUUACCAACAGAAGAUACACUUCAGCUAUGUUCAGAUUGUUUGUUGUGUCUUGCCUUGUAA